AUGAGAAUCGCUCGUUGGCUAUUGAAAAGAGGCACUGAACAUGUCGGCCUGGUGCUAGGGAACGAUGCAUCUGGAAAGACGACGUUUCUAUACAACCUGUUAUUUGGAGAAAUUGUACAGACAAUUCCGACUAUCGGCUUCAAUGUAGAGACAUUGGAAUAUCCAGAUGGAGACAAAAUCACCCUAUGGGAUAUCGGAGGAUGUGACAUGAUCCGACCUCUUACUCGACAUUACAUGCUCAAUGAUCGCUUCAUCAUCUUUAUCCAAAGCUGUGAAGACUUGGAGCCCGACCGGGUCGAGUUUUCUUUGGAGUAUCUACGCAUGGCGAUGGGAAUGAUGGAGAGCUUUGGGGCGAAGAAUAUGUUUAUCCUAUUCAAUAAGCAGGAUCAUCUCUCACCAGAGGAAGCAACCAAAGUCGUCAAAGAUCUCAAGUCCCAGAUUGAGAAAGAAAUCAAGCCUUAUGAGAACAAGCUGGACAUCAGGAUAUUAGAAUAUCCCGGUCUGAGCGCGCUGCACGGCACACAUCUAUAUACCGCCAUGGAAGAGAUCAGAACGACUCUGAAACAUGGAAAACCAACUCAGAAUAUCAGAGCUGAGAUUGAACAGAGGGAGAAAGGCCCGAGUAAAGAUGAACUCAUCAAUCGAAUCAGACAAGAAAAUGCUCAAAGUGUCGACGCGCAAACGUUUUGGAAGAGUUUCCUGGACGGCGGUCUUGAGUCAUGGGAUCAUUACACCCAUCUCCGAGCAGGUUUCUUCGUUAUGCGCGAUUGCUUCGCCAGAGGACUGGGCCUUUUGGAUUGCGCUGACGAGUUUAUGGCCCAUUUGGAUCGACUGAGGGAGGGCAAUCCUGAGAGAUUUCGCAAUACUGCGCAUAGGACAAUGACCAUAUUUUGGCUGCACCAGAUUCAGGUCGCUGCCAUCGAGUAUCAAGCAAAUAAAGCAUCAGAAAAAUUCCCCGAGCAGGAAGAGUACGCAGACAUUGUCUUUUCAGCGCCCCAUCUUAUGAACUCUGGUCUAUGGAGGGCGUAUUACACCAAAGACUUACUCUUUACGCCUCAAGCCAAGGAAGAUUGGCAUCUUCCGGAUAUCCAACCUCUGCCUACAAUCAGCCAAGUCACUGAACGACCGCAACAGCAGAUGGCCGGUAACGAUACUGAUCGACUACCUCGGUUCGCCUUUUCCGUUGUUCAAAAGACGUUGUCGUCUAAACUCAGACGUGGAGGAAUCGUAAAGCAAGCCCUUGAAGCUUUGCAGUCAUCUACCAUGCGCCUUCGCGCUUCAGACUCUUCAAUUCCUCCAUACUCUGAGACACAGGCAUAUUUCUGGAUUCAGAUUAUUCACGCCUACCUUGGGUCUUUACAAGUGCAAGACUCUUCUCGUGAAAGCCGUUUCAGCGGAUCACCUACAAGUCUAACCUUUGAAGCCUUCAAAUCUCUGUUUGGCAUAACAGGCGACGAGUGGCGUCAGUACUAUUCGCAAUCUGUAUGGGAGAGUAUCCCAGCCCGAAUGAGUUUCAUGAAUCCCGAUAAGAAAGCUCUACCGAAUGUCUUUGGUAUGCCUUCGCAGGCGAGGAUGGAUCUCGCUCGUUCACAAAUGGUCAACGCGAUAAGUCAUCGUUUCGAUAAACCUCCCGGCUUGCCAACUCGUGAAGAUCUGGACUUCCUAGCAGCUGUGUUAAUCGAUGAAGCGAAGCUAAUACCCGAGUCCGAGCUCAACGUGGCUAGUCACGCAAGUCUAUUGCGCUUUACCUUUAAUCGUCUUUCCGAGAAAAAAGAACCUGGCGUUGGCGGAGCAAAGAAAAGUCCUACUUCGCUUGCCUCGUCCACAGCGCUGGAGGUUUCUCAAAGGGUUGGUUUGACGCAGGGUAUGUUUUGGGUGCAAAGAGUCCAGAUUGAGUUGGCUAGAAACAAACAUGUCAAAGGUUUCGACGAGUUUGUCAGAGAAAAUUCGUACUUGGCGUUUGAGGAUCUGCCGUUUGUGUAUUACUCGCCUCAACUGUGGGAGAGUGCUGAGGCGAGGGGGGCUUAUGUGCCGCCUGAUAGACGGACGGUUUCUAGUAUUGUUGCAGGAAAGAUUUGA